AUGGCCUCCGCCGACCUCAUCACCGACCCACUCCUUCGAUCCGUCCUCACCUCCGCGGCGCAAGCACGCCAACAAAGCCUGGCCAUUCUCGAUCUCAUUGACACCUUCCACGCCUCGGAACAAGGCGAUACAGCCUCCCAAUACGAGCUAUCAAAGCAGCAGAAGCUUCUCAAUGCCCACCUCGCUCAGCUCCGAAGCCUCAAUCGCAAGGCUGUCCUCGGUGUGCGCAGCACCAAGCAAGGGACGGCCGAAGCGCGAAGUGAGAUCGACUCGCUGCACCUCCAGCUCCAAAACCUCUACUACGAGCAACGACAUCUACACGGCGAGAUCGCGGCAUGCGAGGACUACAAGCACACAUACACCGACAUCCCUAUGAUAUCGAGCGAGGAGUUUUUAGCAUUGCACCCUGAGCACGCGGAGUCUUCUGAGCACGAUGUUACGGUCGCCAGGAUCGAGGACGAGCAUUCCCAGCGCAAGGCACUAGAUGAACAGAAGCAGGCUCUGGUCAAGAGGAAAGAAGCGUUGGGCAAGGGGGUGGGUGCGAAGAAGGAUGAGCUGGCCAAGUUGGAUGCGGAGAUGGAGAAGUGGGUUGCUGGACAGGAAGCUAUCAAGAAGAUCUUUGUGGCCAGGGAUGCGAAGAUGGCAGAUGCCACUUAG